AAACAUGACGCAUCUUGCGGAAACGCCAUAACAGAACCAAGGGCCAGAAAAAUCAUUUUCGCCGGCCUGAUAAUCGGAAGACAAAAUAUCUCUUCCUUCUUGUAACUUGUUUGUACAUUUUGAAGGUAAGAAUUUACUAAAUUAAUGCACUUGCUUUCCUCUAAUGAUUAUUAUUGUUAUGUGAUAUCUGCAAAAUGCGCAGGUGGUGGGAGUCGAUUUCAAUUUUGGGGACGAUACUCUUGAUAUCGCCGGUAGAGACAAACGCCAUAAGGUUCGUGAUUGACAGAGAAGAAUGCUUCUCCCACAACGCUGAGUACGAGGCGGACACUGUCCACCUCUCCUUCGUCGUCAUCAAGACCAAUUCCCCAUGGAAUUCCGGCAGCGAAGGUGUCGAUUUCAUCAUUAAAGGGCCACAAGGGGAUCUUUUCCAUGAAAUGUUGGGGAGAACAGAGGCCAAGUUCGAGUUCCAAGUCCAUGAGAAAGGGGUUUACCGCUUCUGUUUCUUCAACAAAUCUCCCUUCCAUGAGACCAUUGAUUUUGAUGUUCAUAUUGCCCACUUCACUUACUACGACCAGCAUGCUAAAAAUGAGCAUUUUGGGCCACUAAUGGAGCAGAUAACGAAAUUGGAGGAGGCCUUGUACAACAUCCAGUUCGAGCAACAUUGGCUGGAGUCUCAGACUGAACGCCAGGCAUUGGUGAAUGAUGACAUGAGCAAAAAAGCGAUGAACAAAGUGAUGAUCGAGUCAGCUGCUCUGAUAGGGGCGAGCUUCCUCCAAGCCUACCUUUUGAGGUGCUUGUUCGAACGCAAGCUUGGUGGCCACGCUAGGGUUUGAACAAAAAAAACAGAACAUAUUGCUUUAUCUAAUAGCUAAUUCUAAUUAAAUUGCACUCCAUAUCUCACUAAUUUCUUGGUUAGACCACUCCACUGUAAAUUAUUUGGAUGUAUGAGCAUGAUCAAUGAGAGCUU